CCCCGGUUUUAUUUCAAACCCUAAAAAUUCCAUUUGAGUGCAGCAGCACCUCGGCAAUUCUUCAUCUUCUCUCAUUCUCUAUCUUCCAUUCUUCGAUUCAUCUUCGUCUUCUACCUUUGAGAUCGGAUUCUUUUCGUUUAAUGCGGUGGAUUCUAGCAAAGCGGUGGAGCCAUCCGAGAAUGCAGAUUAAUGCGCAGAGGAAAGCGACGAGGAUGACAACGAAGUCGCCGGCCAACGUAUUCUCCGCCGCUUCCUUAGCGCAGCAGCCACCGUAUUCGCUUUUCUAUUUCCAUCAGAAGUUCAGAUCUGAAGAUCUCACUUUCGAUCAGAAUAAGAGAGAGAAAAAAAAACCCUCAAAUCUUUCGUUCGUAGUAGCAAUGAAACCACUUAAUCAAGUAAUUAUGCUUUUUGAGAAACCAAUUUGCAGCAUUUGCCUCCUUUCUUUCUCUCUCAUCAUCGCCUUGAUCUUCACCAGGGCCAAGAGAACCAAGAAGGUCAGGAUUGUUGGGAAAUACGAUUCACUGAGGAAUAAGAUCGAACAGGUGGUUGGCAAACCAAAUCUGCUGCGAAUUUGUGGCUAAAUUACAAAACAGAAUAUAUGGGGAUGCUUCAAACAUCACUGAGAUUAUAAAAAUGAGCGAUUAAUUUGAUACCCAGAUGGAUUAUUGGAUUACAACAAUAGGGUGGUCAAAUUUAUUGAAAAAAAAUAGUGCGAAAUUAGCUGAUCCCCAUUUUGGUGUUUGAAGUUGGAGACAAUUUGUGGCGAAUCGAAACUA